AUGACCACCACUACAAAGCCUGCCACUACAGAGCCAAUCACUGUCAUGCCCACUGUCCUAAAUACUACGGUGUUUGGAAACAGCACUGACUCUGGAGGUUUCCCUGGUUGGGCCUUAGCCAUCAUCAUCCCCUGUGGUAUUGCCAUCAUCCUCAUCCCUCCGUUGAUCCUCCUUUGUGAGGCGAUGGAGACCCCAGCUACAACAACUCCCAUUACAACAUCUACUCCAACAACAACUGCAUCAACCACUACUACACUCCACACGAGUACCCCUCAAGAAACUACAACAGUGCAACCUACAACAACUGCACUAACCUCAACUACAGAGUCAUCAACAACAACUCUGACUACAUCGCCCUACCCCAGCACAACAACAACUACUUCACGUCCAACUACGGCAGCACAAACAACUACAGCACUGCCCACAACACCUGACUCUUCAACAGCAACAUCCUUACCAACAACUACUGGUCCAACCACAACAUCGCCCUACCCCAGCACAACAACAACUACUUCAGGUCCAACUACGGCAGAAAAAACAACUACAGCACUGCCUACAACAGCUGACUCUUCAACAACAACAUCCUUACCAACAACUACUGGUCCAACCACAACAUUCAAUCCAACUACCACUCCUGUUCCAACAACAACUUCAUCACCAACAACAACCAGUUCUCCAACCACAACAUUAAGCCCCACUACAACAACUCCCAUUACAACAUCUACUCCAACAACAACUACAACAACUCUGACUACAUCGCCCUACCCCAGCACAACAACAACUACUUCAGCUACAACUACGAGGCAUCAGACAACAACUCUGACUACAUCGCCCUACCCCAGCACAACAACAACUACUUCAGGUCCAACUACGUCAGCACAAACAACUACAGCACUGCCCACAACAGCUGACUCUUCAACAGCAACAUCCUUACCAACAACUACUGGUCCAACCACAACAUUCAACCCAACUACCACUCCUGUUCCAACAACAACUUCAUCACCAACAACAACCAGUUCUCCAUUCACAACAUUAAGCCCCACUACAACAACUCCCAUUACAACAUCUACUCCAACAACAACUGCAUCAACCACUACUACACUCCACACGAGUACCCCUCAAGAAACUACAACAGUGCAACCUACAACAACUGCACUAACCUCAACUACAGAGGCAUCAACAACAACUCUGACUACAUCGCCCUACCCCAGCACAACAACAACUACUUCAGGUCCAACUACGGCAGCACAAACAACUACAGCACUGCCCACAACAGCUGACUCUUCAACAGCAACAUCCUUACCAACAACUACUGGUCCAACCACAACAUUCAAUCCAACUACCACUCCUGUUCCAACAACAACUUCAUCACCAACAACAACCAUUUCUCCAUUCACAACAUUAAGCCCCACUACAACAACUCCCAUUACAACAUCUACUCCAACAACAACUGCAUCAACCACUACUACACUCCACACGAGUACCCCUCAAGAAACUACAACAGUGCAACCUACAACAACUGCACUAACCUCAACUACAGAGGCAUCAACAACAACUCUGACUACAUCGCCCUACCCCAGCACAACAACAACUACUUCAGGUCCAACUACGGCAGCACAAACAACUACAGCACUGCCUACAACAGCUGACUCUUCAACAACAACAUCCUUACCAACAACUACUGGUCCAACUACAACAUUCAAUCCAACUACCACUCCAGUUCCAACAACAACUUCAUCACCAACAACAACCAUUUCUCCAUCCACAACUUUAAGCCCCACUACAACAACUCCCAUUACAACAUCUACUCCAACAACAACUGCAUCAACCACUACUACACUCCAUACGAGUACCCCUCAAGAAACUACAACAGUGCAACCUACAACAACUGCACUAACCUCAACUACAGAGGCAUCAACAACAACUCUGACUACAUCGCCCUACCCCAGCACAACAACAACUACUUCAGCUACAACUACGGUACCACAAACAAGUACAGCACUGCCUUCAACAGCUGACUCUUCAACAAAAUCCUUACCAACAACUACUGCAACAUCCUUACCAAUAACUACUGGUCCAACCACAACAUUCAAUCCAACUACCACUCCUGUUCCAACAACAACUUCAUCACCAACAACAACCAUCUCUCCAUUCACAACAUUAAGCCCCACUACAGCAUCUCCCAUUACUACAUCUGCUCCAACAACCACUGCAUCAACCACUACUACACUCCAAACGAGUCCUCUUCAAGAAACUACUACAGUGCAACCUACAACAACUGCACUAACCUCAACUACAGAGGCAUCAACAACAACUCUGACUACAUCGCCCUACCCCAGCACAACAACAACUACUUCAGGUACAACUACGGCAGCACAAACAACUACAGCACUGCCCACAACACCUGACUCUUCAACAACAACAUCCUUACCAACAACUACUGGUCCAACCACAACAUUCAGUCCAACUACCACCCCUGUUCCAACAACAACUUCAUCACCAACAACAACCAGUUCUCCAACCACAACAUUAAGCCCCACUACAACAACUCCCAUUACUACAUCUGCUCCAACAACCACUGCAUCAAUCACUACUACACUACAUACGAGUACCCCUCAAGAAACUACAACAGUGCAACCUACAACAACUGCACUAACCUCAACUACAGAGGCAGCAACAACAACUCUGACUACAUCGCCCUACCCCAGCACAACAACAACUACUUCAGGUACAACUACCACAACAACAACUACUUCAGGUCCAACUACUUUAACACAAACAACUACAGCACUGCCCACAACAGCUGACUCUUCAACAACAACAUCCUUACCAACAACUACUGGUCCAACCACAACAUUCAACCCAACUACCACUCCUGUUCCAACAACAACUUCAUCACCAACAACAACCAGUUCUCCAUUCACAACAUUAAGCCCAGCUACAACAACUCCCAUUACAACAUCUACUCCAACAACAACUGCAUCAACCACUACUACACUCCACACGAGUACCCCUCAAGAAACUACAACACUCAACCUUCUGCUCAAUGAGCCCGACCAGCCACCGUUUGAGGCGCAGAGCUCUAACUUCACGUCAGACCACAACCACCUUUGCUCCCGUCGCCACCACCCCAGGUCCCGCAGUCAUCUCAACCUUCUGCUCAAUGAGCCCGACCAGCCACCGUUUGAGGCGCAGAGCUCUAACUUCACGUCAGACCACAACCACCUUUGCUCCCGUCGCCACCACCCCAGGUCCCGCAGUCAUCUCAACCUUCUGCUCAAUGAGCCCGACCAGCCACCGUUUGAGGCGCAGAGCUCUAACUUCACGUGA